AAUGGGGUGAGCGUGGAGGGGGCCACCCACAAGCAAGUGGUGGAUCUGAUCCGGGCCGGGGAGAGGGAGCUGGUGCUGUCUGUGCUGUCUGUGCCUCCCCAGGAGGCAGACUGCCUGGAGGCCGGGGACGAGAGCGCCGCCCAGCUCAGCUACGACUACAGCGACAAGCAGGCCGUGCCCAUCUCCAUCCCCACCUUCAAGCACGUGGAGCAGCACGCCGAGAGGUUUGUGGUGAGUAAAAAAUAGAUUAUAGUGAGGUUUCUGGCCAGCCUUGUUUGCUACAGAUGUGGGCUUUUAGAAAAGUUUUGUCAAUGUGUCUUUUGCAGUGCAGAGUACGGCCAAGCCAAAAUGUGUAGGCCCGUGCCAGUUAACACAUGUACAAUGCAACCUAUAUUUAUCCCUUCCCUGUUAAAGAAUGUGUACGUGCAGGGCUCUAAAUUAAUUGUUAGCACUGGUGCUCCCAACAAAAAAAUGUAGGAGCACAAUAUAACAUUUAGGAGCACCAGAAAAUAUGAUUUUUUUUAAAUAUAUUGAGAUCUAGGCUAUAUGAGUUCUAGCUACUUUUGAAGCACAUGUUGUGCCCAACAAAGUAAUCUGUUUUGUGGAGAACGCGGACGGAAUCAGACUCCAGACAUUAAAAUUGAAUGUAUUGAAUUUAGUAGGGAGUCAACUAAAGGUACUGAACAAUGUUAAUCAUAAGACAUGAACGAAAUCCAUCAGUGAUUCGUUUUUUCCUGCAACUUUCUGAAACAGCACAGGAAUGCCCAUUUGUGUGUGCGGUGCGCUUUGAUCUACACUUUGUGUAGCUGUUAGUGAUGAUGCUAAUGAUAACCUUCUUCUGGUAGAGAUGGAAAGGCUUUCCCAAAAACGGUCUCAAUUAAAUGGUAACUACAAAGUAGCAUAUGCCUACCUGGCAGAAUAUCAUUAUUAUUUGCAUCAAUCUAUUGACAAUUUGUUUUGCAAACUUUGCAAUCACAUGAGCGCUACAGAAACAUCGCUAACAACACUCUUGCUGGUGCGCACUCAAUGUUUUAUAUUUUUCCCAGACCUCAAAAGUAUUCUCCUGAUGUGGUUUAAGCAUUGUUGUGGACUUAAAACAUUACAUUUAGUUUUUCUAUCACAGAAAAUGUGAAAAACAAAAUGGAGAAACUGAAUUUUGGGGGGGGGGGGGGAUAAAAAAUGUAUAGGGCCCUACAAAAGUCCGGUGGACAGUUAUUGCCCGGAUGCUCCCGUACUGCCCGGAUGCUCCCGUACUGCCCGGAUGCUACCGUACUGCCCGGAUGCUCCCGUACUGCCCGCGUCUGAGUGAAGGAAGCUGGGUGAACAGGCCAUGGCUGGGGUCCCUGAUUUAUCUUCUUGGCCUUCCUGCGACAUCUGGUGUUGUAGGUGUCCUGAUGGACAGGCAGUGUGCACCCAAUAGUGGGCUCAGCUGAACGCACCACCCUCUGUAGCAUCUUGCGUUCCGCGGCGGUGGAGUUGCCGUGAUGCAGCCCGACAGUAUGGUCUCGAUUAGUGCUCCUGUAGAACACUGUGAGGGCCCUCUGGGACAGGCUGAAUUUCUUCAGCAUCCUGAGGUUAGUCAAUACUUUGUUGAAGCACCUUUGGCAGCAAUUACAGCCUCGAGUCUUCUUGGGUAUGACGCUACAAGCAUGGGACACCUGUAUUUGGGGAGUUUCUCCCAUUCUUCUCUGCAGAUCCUCUCAAGCUCUGUCAGUUUGAAUGGGGAGCAUCGCUGCACAGCUAUUUUCAGGUCUCUCCAGAGAUGUUCGAUUGGGUUAAAGUCCGGGCUCUGGCUGGGCCACUCAAGGAUAUUCAGAGACUUGUCCCAAAGCCAUUCUUACAUUGUCUUGGCUGUGUGCUUAGGGUAGUUGUCCUGUUGGAAGGUGAAACUUCGUCCCAGUCUGAGGUCCUGAGUGCUCUGGAGCAGGUUUUCAUCAAGGAUCUCUCUGUACUUUGCUCCGUUCAUCUUUGCCUCGAUCCUGACUAGUCUCCCAGUCCCUGCCGCUGGAAAACACCCCCAAAGCAUGAUGCUGCCACCACCAUGCUUCACCGUAGGGAUGGUGCCAGGUUUCCUUCAGACGUGACUCUUGGCAUUCAGGCCAAAUAGUUUAAUCUUGUUUCUCAUGGUCUGAGAGUCUUUAGGUGCCUUUUGGAAAACUCUGAGCGGGCUGUCAUGUGCCUUUUACUGAGGAGUGGCUUCUGUCUGGCCACUCAUUUACAUUUACAAUUUUAGUCAUUUAGCAGACGCUCUUAUCCAGAGCCACUUAGUUAGUGAAUGCAUAUGUGUGUGUGUGUGUAUAUAUAUAUAUAUAUAUAUAUAUACACACACACACACACACACACACACACACACACACACACACACACACACACACACACACACACACACACACACACACACACACACAGUGGGGAGAACAAUUAUUUGAUACACUGCCGAUUUUGCAGGUUUUCCUACUUACAAAGCAUGUAGAGGUCUGUAUUUUUUAUCAUAGGUACACUUCAACUGUGAGAGACGGAAUCUAAAACAAAAAUCCAGAAAAUCACAUUAUAUGAUUUUUAAGUAAUUAAUUUGCAUUUUAUUGCAUGACAUAAGUAUUUGAUACAUCAGAAAAGCAGAACUUAAUAUUUGGUACAGAAACCUUUGUUUGCAAUUACAGAGAUCAUACGUUUCCUGUAGGUCUUGACCAGGUUUGCACACACUGCAGCAGGGAUUUUGGCCCACUCCUCCAUACAGACCUUCUCCAGAUCCUUCAGGUUUCGGGGCUGUCGCUGGGCAACGCGGACUUUCAGCUCCCUCCAAAGAUUUUCUAUUGGGUUCAGGUCUGGAGACUGGCUAGGCCACUCCAGGACCUUGAGAUGCUUCUUACAGAGCCACUCCUUAGUUGCCUGGCUGUGUGUUUCGGGUCGUUGUCAUGCUGGAAGAUCCAGCCUCGACCCAUCUUCAAUGCUCUUACUGAGGGAAGGAGGUUGUUGGCCAAGAUCUCGCGAUUCAUGGCCCCAUCCAUCCUCCCCUCAAUAAGGUGCAGUCGUCCUGUCCCCUUUGCAGAAAAGCAUCCCCAAAGAACUAUGUUUCCACCUCCAUGCUUCACGGUUGGGAUGGUGUUCUUGGGGUUGUACCCAUCCUUCUUCUUCCUCCAAACACGGCGAGUGGCGUUUAGACCAAAAAGCUCUAUUUUUGUCUCAUUAGACCACAUGACCUUCUCCCAUUCCUCCUCUGGAUCAUCCAGAUGGUCAUUGGCAAACUUCAGACGGGCCUGGACAUGCGCUGGCUUGAGCAGGGGGACCUUGCAUACGCUGCAGGAUUUUAAUCCAUGACGGCGUAGUGUGUUACUAAUGUUUUUCUUUGAGACUGUGGUCCCAGCUCUCUUCAGGUCAUUGACCAGGUCCUGCCGUGUAGUUCUGGGCUGAUCCCUCACCUUCCUCAUGAUCAUUGAUGCCCCACGAGGUGAGAUCUUGCAUGGAGCCCCAGACCGAGGGUGAUUGACCGUCAUCUUGAACUUCUUCCAUUUUCUAAUAAUUGCACCAACAGUUGUUGCCUUCUCACCAAGCUGCUUGCCUAUUGUCCUGUAGCCCAUCCCAGCCUUGUGCAGGUCUACAAUUGUAUCCCUGAUGUCCUUACACAGCUCUCUGGUCUUGGCCAUUGUGGAGAGGUUGGAGUCUGUUUGAUUGAGUGUGUGGACAGGUGUCUUGUAUACAGGUAACGAGUUCAAACAGGUGCAGUUAAUACAGGUAAUGAGUGGAGAACAGGAGGGCUUCUUAAAGAAAAACUAACAGGUCUGUGAGAGCCGGAAUUCUUACUGGUUGGUAGGUGAUCAAAUACUUAUGUCAUGCAAUAAAAUGCAAAUUAAUUACUUAAAAAUCAUACAAUGUGAUUUUCUGGAUUUUUGUUUUAGAUUCCGUCUCUCACAGUUGAAGUGUACCUAUGAUAAAAAAUUACAGACCUCUACGUGCUUUGUAAGUAGGAAAACCUGCAAAAUCGGCAGUGUAUCAAAUACUUGUUCUCCCCACUGUAUAUAUAUUAAUUUUAAAAAAAAAUAUUCCCCCGUGGGAAACGAACCCAGAUCCCUGCCGGCCAAACCCUCCCCUACCUUGGACGACGCUGGACCAAUUGUGCGCCGCCCAUGGGUCUCCCGGUCGCGGCCGGCUGCGACAGAGCCUGGACUUGAACCAGGAUCUCUAGUGGCACAGCGCCUCCCCUGGCCUUAGACCACUGCGCCACUCAGGAGAUGGUCACUCUACCAGAAAUGUCUGAUAGGUGGAGUGCUGCAGAGAUGGUUGUCCUUCUGGAAGGUUUUCCCAUCUCCACAGAGGAACUCUAGAGUUCUGUCAGAGUGACCAUCUGGUUCUUGGUCACCUCCCUGACCAAGGCCCUUCUCCCCCGAUUGCUCAGUUUGGCCGGGCGGCAACCUCUAGGAAGAGUUUUGGUGGUUCCAAAUUUCUUCCAUUUAAGAAUGAUGGAGGCAACUGUGUUCUUGGGGAUCUUCAAUGCUGCAGAAAGUUGUUGGUGUGUGCCUUUCCAAAUCAUUUCCAAUCAGUUGAAUUUACCACAGGUGGACUCCAAUCAAGUUGUAGAAACAUAUCAAGGAUGAUCAAUGGAAACAGUAUGCACAUGAGCUCAAUUUCGAGUCUCAUAGCAAAGAGUCUGAAUACUUAUGUAAAUAAGGUAUUUCUGUUUUUUUAUAUUAAUACAUUUGCAAAAACGUUCUAAAAACCUGUUUUUGCUUUGUCAUUAUGGAUAAGGGCGUAUGAGGUUCUCAUGUAGUGGGAAAGCUGCAUCUCCCUGGAAAACGUGGACUUGGCGUUGUUACCUGGCAGGACAGCUGAUGGUGGUAAAUCGAAGGUCUUCUGCAGCAGUUUGGAUCCAAAAUAUCUAUCUUGAAACACUCGGCGGUAUGCCCCUACAUCCGUCUGCGUAUCUCGCCUAUUUUAUGUCUUGCUAGGUAAAGUAAAUCUAAGUGAGACUCAUUACGGAGGGAAAAGAUCAUGUAAAGAGAACUGUCAUCACUUGGCUUUGUUUCUUUUUUGUUGUGAGUCGCUAAUGCACAUGAGUGGAACACUAGAUACAACGCAAAUUAACGGUUGUCUUUGGGACUAAAUUUCAGAUUCCACCUGCCCGACUGUUCAGUUUGUGUCACAGGCCAUCGGGCAACCGUUAAUGUCAACCCCUGAACCAUGACUAACGAAUCUGUGCUUGGGGAAACAACUGCAGGCUACAGCGAAGCCUUAUUACAACAAUUAUCUUGGUGAUUCUUUUUUUCUUCUAGGCGCACUGGUGCUCCCAAAUUAAAAGUCCAGGUCGCACAGCAAAAAAUUUAGGAACAUAUGUAACUAAAAUGGUCGCACUUUAGAGCCCUGUGUACAUGUAAAAGAUGAGACAAGUGAAUACGGUGCAUAAUUUCCCCAGUGUUCUGUCAUAUGAUGCCUUCCCAUUCACCUCGGUCUGUCCCCUACAGGUGUACAAUGUGUACAUGUCGGGCAGGCAGCUGUGCUCCAAGCGCUACCGGGAGUUUGCUAUCCUGAAUCAGAACCUGAAGAGGGAGUUUGCCAGCUACACCUUCCCCAAGAUCCCUGGGAAGUGGCCCUUCUCCCUGUCUGAGCAGCAGCUGGACGCACGCCGCAGGGGUCUGGAGGAGUAUCUGGAGAGGGGUGAGGUGGGAGAGGAGAAUAAGGGAGCAAAGGUAGAGAAGGAGGUAGUGUACCUGUAGAGAAGUGAGGAGAGGUAAAUAAGGAAAAUACUCACAGAAGGUUCAGGAUGGCAGCUUAAUUCCCUUCAAUAAUGUGUAACGCUGACAUGCGGAUAGUGCCUAUAGCUCCAGCACCACAGGCAUCAUAUUACACAGAUGUAUAUUUUACGUAUACACUGAGUAUACCAAACAUUAAGAACGCCUUCCUAAUAUUGAGUUGCACCUCCCUUUUGCCCUCAGAACAGCCUUAAUUCAUCGGGGCAUGGACUCGACUAGGUGUCGAAAGCAUUCCACAGGGAUGCUGGCCCAUGUUGACUCCAAUGCUUCCCACAGUUGUGUCAAGUUGGCUGGAUGUCCUUUGGGUGGUGGACAGUUCUUGAUACACACGGGAAAUUGGUGAGCCUGAAAACCCCAGCAGCGUUGCAGUUCUUGACACAAACCGGUGCGCGUGGCACCUACUACCAUACCCCGUUCAAAGACACUUAAAUUUGGCCUCCCGAGUGGCGCAGCAGUCUAAGGCACUGCAUCGGGUUCGAUCCCGGGCUGUAUCACAACCGGCCGUGAUCGGGAGUCCCAUAGGGCGGCGUACAAUUGGCCCAGCGUCGUCCGGGUUAGGGGAGGGUUUGGCCGGGGGGGUGAGCUUUACUUGGCUCAUCGCGCUCUAGUGACUCCUUGUGGCGGGCCGGGCGCCUGCAGGCUGACCCCGGUCGACAGUUGAACAGUGUUUCCUCUGACACAUUGGUAUGGCUGGCUUCCGGGUUAGGUGGGCGGUUGUUAAGAAACGUGGUUUGGCGGGUCAUGUUUCGGAGGACGCAUAACUUGACCUUCGCCUCCUGAGCCCGAUGGGGAGUUGCAGCAAUGAGACAAGAUCGAAAAUUGGGGCGAAAAAGGGUGUAAAAUACAACAACAACAAAAGACACUUAAGUUUGUCUUGCCCAUUCACCCUUUCAAUGACACACAAUCCAUGUCUCAAUUGUCUCAAGGCUAAAAAAUCCUUCUUUAACCUGUAUCCUCCCCUUCAUCUACACUGAUUUGAAGUGGAUUUAACAAGUGACAUCAAUAAGGGAUCAUAGCUUUCACCUAAUCAGUCUUUGUCAUGGAAAGAGCAGGUGUUCUUAAUGUUUUGUAUAUCUGGUGUAUGUUACUAUUAUUAUUAUUAUUACGUGGUAUUACACCCCUUCCAUCUGUCAGUGCUGGAGAUUAAUAGUCAGUUGAGGAGAGAUGAGAUAAUAUUUAGCACGGGUUUUAUUUUUGGAAUGCCUGUGUGAGUUCAUUGGAGGAAAAAGUAACACAUAGCUGAGUGUUUGGAGAAGUGAGAAACCACGUAUGCUGUAAUGCAGUGUGUUGAACUUCGAGAUAGAGAGCUGUCUCCUGCAGACGGAUCGCGAAUCAUUGCAAUACUUGUUGAAUGCCCUUGAAUGUGUAUGUACCUCUUAUAUAACUGCAGUGACCAUUGUGUCAUACUUCAAAGUGUGCACGUGAAUGCAAUAUGGUAAGAUGACCUUUUGCUCUCUUCUUCUUCUGUAGUUUGUUCAGUGCGGGUGAUUGGGGAGAGUGACAUCAUGCAGGAAUUCCUGUCUGAAUCAGAUGAGGUACGUUUGUGCAGGCAGUUUCCGUAGCUGUGUGUGUUUGCAAGAGAGCGUCUUAAAAUAUAUAUAUAUAUAUACACACACACACGCACACUGAUGCUCACUCUUCCUUUCUGUGUUUGUCAGAAUUACAAUGGCGUGUCAGACGUGGAGCUGCGGAUAGCCCUGCCAGACAAGACCACCAUCUCGGUCAGGGUGCGCAAGAACAGCACGACUGACCAAGUCUACCAGGUAUAGAGCAGUGCUGUGUUCCUCACUUCUAGUCCUAGAGGCAGGGCUCUAAGGUGUGACCAUUUUGUUUGCGUAUGCUCCUAAAUAUAUUUGCUGUGCGACCUGAUGUUUUUAUUUUGGGAGCACCAGUGUGCCUAUUGAAAAAAUCACCCAAUUGUAAUGAUUAGGCUUCGCUGUACCGUUGUUCCCGAGUGCCCUAGAGAAAAUGGUCUCUGCCUAAACUCCUCAGACUAGCCAAUUAUUCAAGCCAUUAUUGGAGGGACAGCACAAAGCACGAAUAAGGCAGAGAGGGAGAGGAUUUGGCAGCCCCUGAUAGGACCGGGCUGUGGUGCGUGCAUUUUCCACCUCUCAAAACAUGGUGCUAAUAAAGUUAACAAAGCACUCGCUAGCUACUGUAAUGAAUAGCUACAGUGCCUUCAGAAAGUGGUCAUAACCCUUGACUUAUUCCACAUUUUGUUACAGCUUGAAUUCAAAUGGAUUAAAUUGAUUUCUCACCCAUCUACACACCCCCAUAAUGACAAUGUGAAAACAUGUUUUUUGAAUUUUUUUGAAUUGCAAAUGAAAUACAGCAAUAUCUCAUUUACGUAAUUCACACCCGAGUCAAUACUUUGUAGAAGCACCGUUGGCGGCAAUUCCAGCUUUGAGUCGUCUUGGGUAUUAUCAGCUUUGUACAGAUUUUCUCAAGCUCUGUUACGUUAGAUGGGGAACGGCGGUGAACAGCAGUCGUAGUCUUUCCACAGACUUUCAAUGGGAUUCUCCCUGUCUGUAAUACCAACAUGUUUCAAGCAGACCACCAAAGUCCCUGUGCCCAAGAACACUAAGACCCGUAGCACUCACGUCUGUAGCCAUGAAGUGCUUUGAAAGGCUGGUCAUGGCUCACAUCAACACCAUUAUCCCAGAAACCCUAGACCCACUCCAAUUUGCAUACCGCCCCAACAGAUCCACAGAUGAUGCAAUCUCUAUUGCGCUCCACACUGCCCUUUCACACCUGGACAAAAGGAACACCUAUGUGAGAAUGCUAUUCAUUGACUACAGCUCAGCGUUCAACACCAUAGUGCCCUCAAAGCUCAUCACUAAGCUAAGGACCCUGGGACUAAACACCUCCCUCUGCAACUGGAUCCUGGACUUCCUGACGGGCCGCCCUCAGGUGGUAAGGGUAGGUAACAACACAUCCGCCACGCUGAUCCUCAACAUGGGGGCCCCUCAGGGGUGAGUACUCAGUCCCCUCCUGUACUCCCUGUUCACUCAUGACUUCAUGGCCAGGCACGCUCCAACAUCAUCAUUAAGUUUGCCGACGACAUCAUUAAGUUUGCCGAUGAUCAGGUUGUUGCCUGAUCACCAACAACGACGAGACAGCCUAUAGGGAGGAGGUCAGAGACCUGGCCGUGUGGUGCCAGGACAACAACCUCUCCCUCAACGUGAUCAAGACAAAGGAGAUGAUUGUGGACUACAGGAAAAAGAAGAGGACUGAGCACGCCCCCAUUCUCAUCGACGGGGCUGUAGUGGAGCAGGUUGAGAGCUUCAAGUUCCACAUCACCAACAAACUAACAUGGUGCAAGCACACCAAGACAGUUGUGAAGAGGGCACAACAAAACCUAUUCCCCCUAAGGAGACUGAAAAGAUUUUGCAUGGGUCCUCAGAUCUCCCCUCCGUCUUUUAUGCUGCUGCUACUCUGUUUAUUAUCUAUACAUAGUCACUUUAAUAACUCUACCUACAUGUACCUAUUACCUCGACUAACCGGUGCCUCCACACAUUGACUCAGUACCGGUACCCCCUGUAUAUAGCCUCGCUAUUGUUAUUUUACUGCUGCUCUUUAAUUAUUUGUUACUUUAAUUUCUUUAUUUUAUUUUAUUUAAUGUAUUUUUUGGGGUAUUCUUUCUUAAAAUUGCAUUGUUGGUUAAGGGCUUGUAAGUAAGCAUUUCACUGUUGUAUUCGGCGCAUGUGACAAAUAACAUUUUAUUUGAUUUAAAGUCUGGGCUUUGGCAGGGCCACUCAAGGACUUUCACAUUCUUGUUCUCAAGCCAUUCCAGCAUUGCUUUGGCUGUAUGAUUGUCCUGUUGGAACAAAUCUUUGCCCCAGUCUAAGGUCGUUUGCACUCUGAAGUGGUUCUCAAGGAUUUUCCUGUAUUUGGCUACAUUCAUUGUUCCCUCUAUCCUUACCAGUCUCCCAGUCCCUGCCGCUGAAUAGCAUUCCCAUAGCAUGAUGCUGCCACCACCAUGCUUCACGGUAGGGAUAGUGUUAGACGGGUGUUGAGCUGUGCCUGGUUUUCUCCAGACAUAGCGCUUUGCAUUCAGGCCAAAGAGUUAAGUUUUUGUCUCAUCAGACCACCAAAUCUUUUGGCUUAUGAUCUGAGUCUUUCAGGUGCCUUUUUGCAAACUCCAGGCGUGCUGUAAUGCAUUUUUCUCAGGAGUGGCUUCGGUCUGGUCGCUCUCCCAUAAAGCCCAGAUUGGUGAAGUGCUGUAGAGACUUGUCCUUCUGGCAGGCUCUCCCAUCUCAGGCAAGGAACUCUGUAGUUCUGUCAGUGGUCAUUGGGUUCUUGAUCACCUCCCUGACCAAGGUCCUUCUUGCUUGGUCGGACUUUCAGCUCUAGGCAGUCUGUCGUUCCAUAUUUUUCCCAUUUCUCAAUGAUGGAGACCGCUGUGCUCCUGGAAACUUUCAACACUUUAGAAAUUGUUUUAUACCCUUCCGCAGAUAUAUGCCUCAUCACAAUUCUAUCUCAGAGAUCUACGGACAGUUCUUUGGACUUCAUGGUAUAGUUUCUGCUUUGACAUGCGCUGUCAACUGUGGGACCUUAUCUAGACGGGUGUUUCUUUCUAAAUCAUGUCCAAACAAUUGAAUUGGCCACAGGUGGACUCUAAUCAAGUUGUAGUGACAUCUCAAGGAUGAUCAAAGGAAAUUGGAUGCACCUGAGCAAAAUUUGGUGUGUCGUAACAAAGCGGUGUGAAUACUUAUGUAAAUUCGAUUUCUUUAAGUUUUAAUACAUUUCAAAACAAAUGUAAAUCUUUUCACUUUGUCAUUAUGGGGUAUUGUGUGUAGAUGGCUGAGGGGGGGAAAAAAACAAUGUUUAUCCAUUUUGAAUUCAGGCUAACAACAAUGUGGAAUAAGUCGAGGGGUAUGAAUACUUUCUGAAGGCACUGUAGAUGCAGUUAUGACAAUUACAGAAACUGUGCAAUGCUGGUGGACAUGUUAUUCGCCAUUCUCUUGAUUGAUGGGCCGGCGCUGCUUGUAAUAGACUUACGCGCCCUCAUCUCUGCAUUUUCAGCGCCACAGCCAACUUUCAACUGCUGGGCUACUGCUGUAGCUACUAUUGUGGUCGCCAGUGUUGACAACAGAAAUGCUACGGUCACAUUUCAAUAACUAGCAAUGUCGUUUAAAACGAGGUAGCUUACCUUUGGCUGGCUGUCAUGUUCCAGUAAAUUAGUUUAUGAUUGCAUUUUUCAACUGUGACUAUUAUCCAACAAAGUAGGUAAGGUUUUAGCCACCAUUUUAGCCCCCGCUGUGCAUGGAAAUGUAAAGCACAAGCCAUUGAUCAUAUAGGCCUAUCAAGAAAUAGAUUUUUAUUUCUAGUAGCAGAUACCUAUAUUAAUGAAUAAGCAGGUCCAUCUUAUUUCUGGUAUUAAGCAAUGGGCUAUCGAUAUCAUACAAAAUAUUCAUCCUUUUCCUGGCUAUUUCUAUGGCCUUUGCUAUAGUAAUAUGCUGCAGUACCCUUUAAAGAGUGUAUAAUUUUCAAUGUGAUGCAACUCGAUAGUUAAAUAGUGCUUUAACACAAUGUAGAAACCCAAUAUUCCACCAGUGACUUUGUAGUAAAAAUAACAUGUUUUUGUAUCAACAUUUUAGCUUUUAAUAAUAUUCAAAUGUCUUUACAAGUUAUAUAUUAGUUUCUAGGGUACAACGUGCUUCAAAAGUAUCUAGAAUUCAUAUAGGCUAUCAGUCAAUUAAAAAUAUAUUUUCUCUGGUGCUUAUACGUUUUAUGUUGUGCUCCUAGCUUUUUUUAGGUUGGAAGCACCAUUGCUACCAAUGACAUUUUUUUAAAUGUAAAGCCCUGCCUAGAGAGCAACAGUGUGUGCUGGCUUUCCUUACAGCCCUACAAUACCUGGGGCCUGCGUGGCCUGUAUUCACAAAGCAUCUCAAAGUAGGUGUGCUGAUCUAGGAUCAGGUCCCACCGGUCUUAUUAUGAGAUGAAAGGCAAAACUGAUCCUGAUCAGCACUCCUACUCUGAGACACUUUGUAAAUAUGGGCCAUGUUCAGGAGACCGUAACAUUACAGAACUUUCAGAUAUGAUAUGAUUGCUGUGUCCGAUUUAUAUGAUGGGGACUCGUCAGCUCUAUUAAUUUAAUUUCUAUCUGCAACAUUCAGUACACCACUGAUACAAGUAUAUAAAAGACCCUGGUUAUUUGAAUCAUCUGGUGGGUUAAUGCUAGGCUGGGACAAAGGCUUGCACUCACAGGACCAGAGUAUAUAACACUAGAUCAACAUCAAUGCAUGCAUGGCUCUUAUGGGGCUUAAAUAUCAGUAACUGAUGGGCCGCCACUGUACUUUCCCUCUCUCCAUCCCCAGGCUUUAGUGAUGAAGGUUGGUAUGGACAGCAUUAUGGCCAGCUACUUUGCCCUCUUUGAAGUCAUCAACCACUCCUUUGGUAAGACCAUCCGUUUAUUCAUUCAUUCCUCUGGAGUCCACAGCUAGUCCAUGGACCUACCCUUUCACCUUUACUCUUCUGAUCAGUACAGUUGCAUCUCAGUAGUCUAAAGUGGCUUCCUCUCCAUGUCUCCUUCCCUUCAACUGCACCGAUCUAAAAAUUGAUAUAGAAAUUGAAAUUAAAGUAGGCACCAAAACAUGUUUCCGCCAUGUCGUCUCCUCACAGCCUGUGUUUCCAGAUCUGUGCUGACGACGAGAAGGAGACAACUCAAAACCUCUCUAGUCUAUUGAGACGCACCCUUAACCUCCUCUCCCCCUUUCCCUAGUGAGAAAACUGGCCCCCAACGAGUUCCCCCACAAGUUGUACGUGCAGAACUACACAUCGGCCGUGCCGGGUACCUGUCUGGCCCUCCGCAAGUGGCUCUUCACCUCUCAGGAGGAGGAGCUGCUCAGGGACAAACCUCUAGCCGUUCACUACUGCUUCCACCAGGUAAGGACUCUCUCGACUGUCCCUCCAACGAUCUGUUGGCGGCUUAAAAUACUCUAAACUUUGUAGUCCAGACCAAUGUUCCCUCUAAGCUGCGUGCAUUCACACAGCUCCCCUCGGACUGGCGUGCAGAAGAAAUAUCAGCCCAUGCAGAGAAGCACGAGAUUGAACUUCAUUCAACUUUCUAGAGUUUUCACCUUUCGUUAACACUAUCAACGUUUUGCUCUAUUGUGGGAAGUGUGCUCGAAUCAACACAAAAUUAGCCGCUUUCAAUGUAACGUACCGAAACAAAACGAAGUAUGCAAGCCUUAGUAUGCAAAACUAACUGUGUAAGAGAUUUUCUUGUAGGCAGAGCGAAUUGGAGUAAGAUUCGGUUGCAUUGACAGGCACGACUCAGGCCCGUAUUAUACACAGACCGGUGCGCCAUAACCAAUUAGAGCUGCAGUAGGCCUAUAUGCAAAUAGCCAUUCCCAUAGAUGGAUCUGUGCCAUUCACUGGACUGUGUUUACAGCAUGAGCGGCCCGAGUAGAUGCGCUUGUUUUGAGAUUAAAGUGAGAGCUGCAUGUAGCCACUUGUGCACAUUUGUUCAUGUUCUUUGAUAGUUAGUGAGUUAUUAGCCCAGUUAUAUCUAAUUUCUAGUCAACAAUGGGGGAGUGGUUGCUUCCUACAAAAGCAUAACACGUGUGCAAUUCUAGCCAUCUUUGAAAAGCGAGUCAGGUAAAAAUAGCUUUUUUUAUGUCUUAAAGGGGCAGUGUUGUAUUUUGAGACUGUCUUGAAUAAGCUAAGUAGCCAAUAGGCAGAGGGUAGCAUAAUUUGUCUGAUUCUCUGUAAUAAUGGUUUGGGAAUAAUAAUGAAUUUUAUUUUGUAAAAUGUUUUCUUGCAUCAAACACCAACAUUUUCAGUCACCUCCUUGUCUGAAGGACAAGUGGAUAAACAGGUUAAUGUCAAGCCCUGCAUGUUAUUAUUUUCAAAAGUCUAAUGGAAUGUAGGCAUUGAACACCACACAUUGGCUGCUACUGUAGGCUGAAUGAUAGAACAGCUAUUUAUAUGUUUAAAUGUUAUGGGAUGCAUUUCCUCCAUUGUUUUUGACGGUAGGCCACUCUGGUAGGCCUACAUUAUGAUCAAAUAGCCACAGUAGCCAACUUGGCCACUGUUAAAACUGUAACUUAAAGCGGGUACAGCCUCAGUGUUCACAGUAAACGCAUGCCGGAAGAUGCACAGAAUUCAGCAGACUUUAAAUUUGCUCAGGGCCGAAUAAAAUGAGCGGGAACAUUGUUCCAGACCUACUCUGUCAUAUAGCUAGCUAUAUGUUUUAUUUGAUGUUUGUUUUGCUUUUCAAGAGCUCUGAGAUUCUGGGUCUGUAAUGAAAAGCGCUAUAUAAGAUGAAAAAAUUAUCUGGUGACUCUUAUUACUGGUCCUGAGUCAGUGGUAGCCUACUGUCUCAAUUCUGAUCCGUGGUCAGUUUGAAUGAGAUUACAUUUGCGUGCCGCUGCUCUGUGCUAGAUUAGAUGGAACGUGGUCUCUAACAAAAGCCCCUUUCUCUGUCUGCUAAGGCAUUGGAUGACGUGAAGAAGGGAUUCAUCAAAACAGAAGACAAGUCUUACCAGCUGACGAAACUGGCAGAGCAGCGCAAGAUGGCCAUGGUUAGUCCCUUUUCUAGUCUCUUGUUUCUAUUCUCUUCCCAUUGCAAGUGGUCCUCUGUAGCUCAGUUGGUAGAGCAUGGCGCUUGCAACACAGGAUAGUGGGUUCGAUUCCUGGGACUAUGCGCACGUAAAAUGUAUGCUUUUGAUAAAAGCAUCUGCUAAAAAUUGCAUAUAUUAUAACUCGUAUGUGCCUAACAUAAAGUAUGAGAAUGUGUACAGUACGUGCCUUUCAUGUUGCUGUUAUAUGUCCAUUGCUGACAUAAAAUGUGUAGGUGUAUUAAUGUGUAUAUUGAAUGUGUACGUGCCUGUUUGGUGCCUACUUGUAUGGUUGAUGGUGGUCUCUUGUCUUGUGUCUGUCAGUACCUGAGUCUGCUGCGCUCCUGUGAGGGCUACAACGAGGUCAUGUUCCCCCACUGCGCCUGUGACUCCCGGAGGAAGGGCCACGUCAUCACGGCCAUCAGCAUGCACCACUUCAAGCUGCAUGCCUGCUCAGAGGACGGCACGCUUGAGGUGAGUGAGAUUGGAGUAUGUGUACACUGACUUAUAGUGGUGUGUACACUGACUAAGAAGCGCUGCACACACCACACUAUAUCACACACAGAAGAAAAUUAAAAACAUGAGUGUGUACACGCUGGCUCAUACUCUGUGUGUAUGUACUUACCAUUCUCUCUCCUGCCCCAUCAGAACCAGGUGAUAGCGUUUGAGUGGGCGGAGAUGCAGCGCUGGGACAACGACGAGGAGGGCAUGGCAUUCUGCUUUGAGUACGCCAGGGGGGAGAAGAAGCCUCGCUGGGUCAAGAUCUUCACACCAUACGUGAGUCUAAAAUACACAACAGACAAAACGCACUCGGACAGCUCACAUAAAACACUGGGUUAAGAUAAUGGAAUACAACAGGAUAUAGAAAUUUAGGGUGUGGAGUCUGUCCCAAAUGGCAUACUACUUUUGAUAAGGGCUCUGGGAAUAGGGUGCAAAUUUGGGUGUAGACAUUGUUGAUAAAAAUCUAUUUGGAGCAGUUCCUUCUAACAAAGUGCGUGUCGUCUCUCCCCAGUUCAACUACAUGCACGAGUGCUUCGAGAGGGUCUUCUGUGAGCUCAAGUGGAGGAAACAGGUAAGAGUCGCACCCUUCCUUCUCCUCCAAUACACAACAAGUUCUAAUCUUUAGCAGUAAUUUAUGCUGUAUCUGGAAAAGGACAGUCAGUUUCUGAACCCGAACAAUGGCAAGUUGCCGUGGACCUGUCAGCAGAAAGUUUGAAUUCAAUAAUGUUUUAUAUCGACUUUUUCCCCCCCCAACCUAAAUAUGAUAGACUGCUUGUGAAUUCUGAAACAUUGUAGGGCAGGCUACACAUUUUUUUUUUUACAUUACUUACAGUAGUUACAGUUCUAUUUCUCGUGUGUUUCUGUUCUACUUCACAUUUGUAUGAAUGUUUUUAUAGUACCACUGAUAUUCAUUACUGCAUUGUUGGGAAAGGGCAAGCAAGAAAGGCAUUUCAUUGUAGGCUACUUGUGCACAUGACAAUAAAACUUGAUACAUAGGCCUACUUCAAUGUAAAAGAUCAGCUGUUAAAUUCGAAUGUAUACCAGUAUUAUAAAUCAUGAUGCCUAUGAUAUUGCAAAACUUGAAAUAUAUACAGUACCAGUCAAAAGUUUGGACACGUCUACUCAUUCAAGGGUUUUUCUUUAUUUUUACUAUUUUCUAUAUUGUAGAAUAAUAGUGAAGACAUCAAAACUAUGAAAUAACACAUAUGGAAUCAUGUAGUAAACAAAUCAACAUAUUUUUAGAUUCUUCAAAGUAGCCACCCUUUGCCUUGAUGACAGCUUUGCACACUCUUUGCAUUCUCUCAACCAGCUUCAUGAGGAAUGCUUUUCCAACAGUCUUGAAGGAGUUCCCACAUGCUGAGCACUUGUUGGCUGCUUUUCCUUCACUCUGCAGUCCAAUUCAUCCCAAACCAUCUCAAUUGGGUUGAGGUCGGGUGAUUGUGGAGGCCAGGUCAUCUGAUGCAGCACUCCAUCACUCUCCUUAUUGGUCAAAUAGCCCUUACACAGCCUGGAGGUGUGUUUUGGGUCAUUGUCCUGUUGAAAAACAAAUUAUAGUCCCAUUAAGCCCAAACCAGAUGGGAUGGCGUAUCGCUGCAGAAUGCUGUGGUAGCCAUGCUGGUUAAGUGUUCCUUGAAUUCUAAAUAAAUCACUGACAGUGUCACCAGCCUCCUCCAUGCUUCACUGUCGGAACCACACAUGCAGAGGUCAUCCGUUCACCUACUCUGCGUCUCACAAAGACACGGCGGUUGGAACCAAAAAUCUCAAAUUUGGACUCAUCAGACCAAAGGACAGAUUUCCACUGGUCUAAUGCCCAUUGCUCAUGUUUCUUGGCCCUAGCAAGGCUCUUCUUCUUAUUGGUGUCCUUUAGUAGUGGUUUCUUUGCAGUAAUUCGAUCAUGAAGGCCUGAUUCACGCAGUCUCCUCUGAGCAGUUGAUGUUGAUGUGUCUGUUACUUGCAAUCUGAGGUGCAGUUAAUUGCCGAUUUCUGAGGCUGGUAACUAAUGAACUUAUCCUCUGCAGCAGAGGUACAGUGGGGAAAAAAAGUAUUUAGUCAGCCACCAAUUGUGCAAGUUCUCCCACUUAAAAAGAUGAGAGAGGCCUGUAAUUUUCAUCAUAGGUACACCUCAACUAUGACAGACAAAAUGAGGGAGAAAAAUCCUGAAAAUCACAUUGUAGGAUUUUUUAUGAAUUUAUUAGCAAAUUAUGGUGGAAAAUAAGUAUUUGGUCAAUAACAAAAGUUUCUCAAUACUUUGUUAUAUACCCUUUGUUGGCAAUGACACAGGUCAAACGUUUUCUGUAAGUCUUCACAAGGUUUUCACACACUGUUGCUGGUAUUUUGGCCCAUUCCUCCAUGCAGAUCUCCUCUAGAGCAGUGAUGUUUUGGGGCUGUCGCUGGGCAACAUGGACUUUCAACUCCCUCCAAAGAUUUUCUAUGGGGUUGAGAUCUGGAGACUGGCUAGGCCACUCCAGGACCUUGAAAUGCUUCUUACGAAGCCACUCCUUCAUUGCCCGGGCGGUGUGUUUGGGAUCAUUGUCAUGCUGAAAGACCCAGCCACGUUUCAUCUUCAAUGCCCUUGCUGAUGGAAGGAGGUUUUCACUCAAAGUCUCACGAUACAUGGCCCCAUUCAUUCUUUCCUUUACACGGAUCAGUCGUCCUGGUCCCUUUGCAGAAAAACAGCCCCAAAGCAUGAUGUUUCCACCCCCAUGCUUCACAGUAGGUAUGGUGUUCUUUGGAUGCAACUCAGCAUUCUUUGUCCUCCAAACACAACGAAUUGAGUUUUUACCUAAAAGUUAUAUGUUGGUUUCAUCUGACCAUAUGACAUUCUCCCAAUCCUCUUCUGGAUCAUCCAAAUGCACUCUAGCAAACUUCAGACGGGCCUGGACAUGUACUGGCUUAAGCAGGGGGACACGUCUGGCACUGCAGGAUUUGAGUCCCUGGCGGCGUAGUGUGUUACUGAUGGUAGGCUUUGUUACUUUGGUCCCAGCUCUCUGCAGGUCAUUCACUAGGUCCCCCCGUGUGGUUCUGGGAUUUUUGCUCACCGUUCUUGUGAUCAUUUUGACCCCACGGGGUGAGAUCUUGCGUGGAGCCCCAGAUCGAGGGAGAUUAUCAGUGGUCUUGUAUGUCUUCCAUUUCCUAAUAAUUGCUCCCACAGUUGAUUUCUUCAAACCAAGCUGCUUACCUAUUGCAGAUUCAGUCUUCCCAGCCUGGUGCAGGUCUACAAUUGUGUUUCUGGUGUCCUUUGACAGCUCUUUGGUCUUGGCCAUAGUGGAGUUUGGAGUGUGACUGUUUGAGGUUGUGGACAGGUGUCUUUUAUACUGAUAACAAGUUCAAACAGGUGCCAUUAAUACAGGUAACGAGUGGAGGACAGAGGAAUCUCUUAACGAAGAAGUUACAGGUCUGUGAGAGCCAGAAAUCUUGCUUGUUUGUAGGUGACCAAAUACUUAUUUUCCACCAUAAUUUGCAAAUAAAUGCAUUGAAAAAUCCAACAAUGUGAUUUUCUGGAUUUUUUUUUCUCAAUUUGUCUGUCAUAGUUGACGUGUACCUAUGAUGAAAAUUACAGGCCUCUCUCAUCUUUUUAAGUGGGAGAACUUGCACAAUUGGUGGCUGACUAAAUACUUUUUUUCCCCACUGUAACUCUGGGUCUUCCUUUCAUGUGGCGGUCCUCAUGAGAGCCAGUUUCAUCAUAGAGCUUGAUGUUUUUUGCGACUGCACUUGUAGAAACUUUCAAAGUUCUUGAAAUGUUCCGUAUUGACUGACCUUCAUGUCUUAAUGUAAUGAUGGACUGUCGUUUCUCUUUGCUAAUUUGAGCUGUUCUUGCCAUAAUAUGGACUUGUCUUUUACCAAAUAUAUCCAUCUUCUGUAUACCCCCCCUACCUUGUCACAACACAACUGAUAGGCUCAAACACAUUAAGAAGGAAAGAAAUUCCACAAAUUAACUUUUAAGAAGGCACACCUGUUAAUUGAAAUGCAUUCCAGGUGACUACCUCAUGAAGCUGGUUGAGAGAAUGCCAGUAGUGUGCAAAGCUGUCAUAAAGGCUAAGGGUGGCUAUUUGAAGAAUCUCAAAUAUAAAAUGUUUUUAUUUAACACUUUUCUGGUUACUACAUAUAGCCUAUUAUUGAACAUCAAUGAGCAAAUUUCAGGUCUGCAGAGCGAAAAACUUGAACGUUAUCAAAUUUCUGUGCAACGUCCGGCUUGCGUGUACUGUGAACACUGCUUUAAGUUAGUUUUAACAGUGGCCAAGUAAGUUAAUGUGGCUAUUUGAUUAUAAUGUAGGCCUACCAGAGUGGCCUAACAUCAAACAAUGGAGAAAAAUGCAUCCCAUAGCAUUUUAACAUGUAAAUGGCUGUUCUAUCAUUCAGCCUACAGUAGCAGCCAAUGUGUGGUGUUCAAUGCCUACAUUCCAUGAGACUUUUGAAAAAGAAACAUGCAGGGCUUGACAUUAACCUGUUUAUCCACUUGUCCUUCAGACAAGGUGACUGAAAAUGUUGUUUGAUAAAAGAAACCACUUUACAAAAUAAGUCAUUAUUAUUCAGAGAAUCAGACAAAUUAUGCUACGCUCUGGCUAUUGGCUACUUAGCUUAUUCAAGACAGUCUCAAAAAUAUAACACUUCCCCUUUAAGACAUAAAAAAAGCUCUUUACCUGACACGUUUUUCAAAGAUGGCUAGAAAUGCACACACUUUGUUCUCCUGUUAGAAGCGAACAUUCCCCUAUUGUUGACCAGAAAUUAACUAUAACUGGGCUAAUAACUCACUAACUAGUAAAAAAUCUGAACUAAUGUGCACACGUGACUACAUGCAGCUCUCACUUUGAUCUCUAAACAAGCGCAUCUACCCGCGAUCGCUCAUACUGUAGCCUAAACACAGUCCAGUUCAAAGUGAAUGGCCCAGAUCCAUAUAUGGCUAUUUGCGUAUAAAGGCCUACUGCAGCUCUGAUUGGUAAUGGCGCACUGGUUUGUGUAGAGAGUAUGGGCCCUGAGUCGUGCCUGUCCAUGCAAUAGAAUCCUACUCCAAUGUACUCUGCCUACAAGAAAAUCUCUUGCACAGUUAGUUUUGCAUACUAAAUCUUGCAUGGUUCGUUUUGUUUCGGUAUAUUACAUUGAAAGUGGCUAAUAUUGAGAGCAUCAGCUGUGAUCACGCUCUCCGUAGCCGAUGUGAGUAAGAUUUUUAAGCAGGUCAACAUUCACAAGGCCGCAGGGCCGGACGGAUUACCAGGACGUGUACUCCGAGCAUGUGCUGACCAACUGGCAAGCGUCUUCACUGACAUUUUCAACAUGUCCCUGACUGAGUCUGUAAUACCAACAUGUUUCAAGCAGACCACCAUAGUCCCUGUGCCGAAGAACGCUAAGAUAACCUGCCUAAAUGACUAUCAACCCGUAGCACUCACGUCUGUAGCCAUGAAGUGCUUUGAAAGGCUGGUCAUGACUCACAUCAACACCAUUAUCCCAGAAACCCUAGACCCACUCCAAUUUGCAUACCGCCCCAACAGAUCCACAGAUGAUGCAAUCUCUAUUGCGCUCCACACUGCCCUUUCCCACCUGUACAAGAGGAACACCUACGUGAGAAUGCUAUUCAUUGACUACAGCUCAGCAUUCAACACCAUAAUGCCCUCAAAGCUCAUCACUAAGCUAAGGACCCUGGGACUAAACACCUCCCUCUGCAACUGGAUCCUGGACUUCCUGACGGGCCGCCCCCAGAUGGUAAGGGUAGGUAACAACACAUCUGCCACACUGAUCCUCAACACGGGCGCCCCUCAGGGGUGCGUGCUCAUUCCCCUCCUGUACUCCCUGUUCACCCAAGACUGCAUGGCCAGGCACGACUCCAACAACAUCAUUAAGUUUGCCGAUGACACAACAGUGGUAGGCCUGAUCACCGACAACGAUGAAACAGCCUAUAGGGAGGAGGUCAGAGACCUGGCCGUGUGGUGCCAGGAUAACAACCUCUCCCUCAACAUGAUCAAGACAAAUUACAUGAUUGUGGACUACAGGGGGGAAAAAAGAGGACAGAGCACGCCCCCAUUCUCAUCGAAUGGGCUGUAGUGGAACAGGUUGAGAGCUUCAAGUUCCUUGGUGUCUACAUCACCAACAAACUAUCAUGAUCCAAACACAGCAAGACAGUCGUGAAGAGGGCACGACAAAGACUAUUCCCCCCCAGGAGACUGAAAAGAUUUGGCAUGGGGUCCUCAGAUCCUCAGAAAGUUCUACAGCUGCACCAUCGAGAGCAUCCUGACUGGUUGCAUCACCGCCUGGAAUGGCAACUGCUCAGCCUCCGACCGCAAGGCACUACAGAGGGUAGUGCAUAUGGCCCAGUACAUCACUGGGGCCAAGCUUCCUGACAUCCAGGACCUCUAUACCAGGCGGUGUCAGAGGAAGGCCCUAGAAAUUGUCAAAGACUCCAGCCACCCUAGUCAUAGACUGUUCUCUCUGCUACCGCACGGCAAGCGGUACCGGAGCACCAAGUCUAGGUCCAAAAGGCUUCUUAACAGCUUCUACCCCCAAGCCAUAAGACUCCUGAACAGCUAAUCAUGGCUACCCGGACUGUUUGCAUUGUCCCCUCCACCCCACCCCCUCUUUUACGCUGCUGCUACUCUCUGUUUAUUAUCUAUGCAUAGUCACUUUAACUCUACCCACAUAUUACCUCAAUUACCUCGACUAACCUGUGUCCCCGCACAUUGACUAUGUACUGGUACCCACUGGCUUGCGAAAGUAUUCACCCCCCUUGGCAUUUUUCCUAUCUUGUUGCCUUACAACGUGGAAUUAAAAUUGAUUUUUGGGGGGGUUGUAUCAUUUGAUUUACACAACAUGCCUACCACUUUGAAGAUGCAAAAUAUGUUUUCUUGUGAAACAAACAAGAAAUAAGACAAAAAAACAGAACUUGAACGUGCAUAACUAUUCAACCCCCCAAAGUCAAUACUUUGUAGAGCCACCUUUUGCAGCAAUUACAGCUGCAAGUCUCUUGGGGUAAGUCUCUAUAAGCUUGGCACAUCCAGCCACUGGGAUUUUUCUGCCCAUUCUUCAAGGCAAAACUACUGCUCCAGCUCCUUCAAGUUGGAUGUGUACCGCUGGUGUACAGCAAUCUUUAAGUCAUACCACAUUCUCAAUUGGAUUGAGGUAUGGGCUUUGACUAGGCCAUUCCAAGACAUUAUUUAAAUGUUUCCCCUUAAACCACUUGAGUGUUGCUUAGGGUCAUUGUCCUGCUGGAAGGUGAACCUCCAUCCUCCCGUCUUAAAUCUCUGGAAGACUGAAACAGGUUUCCCUCAAGAAUUUCCCUGUAUUUAGCGCCAUCCAUCAUUCCUUCAAUUCUGACCAGUUUCUCAGUCCCUGCCGAUGGAAAAACAUCCCCACAGCAUGAUGCUGCCACCACCAUGCUUCACUGUGGGGAUGGUGUUCUCGGUGUGAUGAGAGGUGUUGGGUUUGCGCCAGACAUGGCGUUUACCUUGAUGGCCAAAAAGCUCAAUUUUAGUCUCAUCUGACCAGAGGACCUUCUUCCAUAUGUUUGGGGAGUCUCCCACAUGCCUUUUGGCGAACACCAAACAUGUUUGCUUAUUUUUUUUCUAUAAGCAAUUGCUUUUUUCUGGCCACUCUUCCGUAAAGCCCAGCUCUGUGGAGUGUACGGCUGAAAGUGGUCCUAUGGACAGAUACUCCAAUCUCCGCUGUGGAGCUUUGCAGCUCCUUCAGGGGUGUCUUUGUUGCCUCUCUGAUUAAUGUCCUCCAUGCCUGGUCCGUGAGUUUUGGUGGGCGGCCCUCUCUUGGCAGGUUUGUUGUGGUGCCAUAUUCUUUCCAUUUUUUAAUAAUGGAUUUAAUGGUGCUCCGUGGGAUGUUAAAAGUUUCGGAUAUUUUUUUAUAACCCAACCCUGAUCUGGACUUCUCCACAACUUUGUCCCUGACCUGUUUGGAGAGCGCCUUGGUCUUCAUGGGGUCGCUUGCUUGGUGGUGCCCCUUGCGUCGUGGUGUUGCAGACGCUGGGGCCUUUCAGAACAGGUGUAUGUGUGUGUGUGUGUGUAUAUGUGUAUGUAUAUGUAUAUAUAUAUAUAUAUAUAUAUAUAUAUAUAUAUGAGAUCAUGUGACACUUAGAUUUCACACAGGUGGACUUUAUUUAACUAAUUAUGUGACCCUUGUAGCUCAGUUGGUAGAGCAUGGCGCUUGCAACGCCAGGGUUGUGGGUUCAUUUCCCACGGGGGGCCAGUAUGAAAAUGUAUUUACUAACUGUAAGUCGCUCUGGAUAAGAGUGUCUGCUAAAUGACUAAAAUGUAAUUGGUUGCACCAGAUCUUAUUUAGGGGCUUCAUAGCAAUGGGGGUGAAUACAUAUGCACACACCACUUUUCCGUUAUUUAUUUUUUGAAACAAGUUAUUUUUUUCAUUCCACUUCACCAAUUUGGACUAUUUUGUUAAUGUCCAUUACAUGAAAUCCAAAUAAAAAUCCAUUUCAAUUACAGGUUGUAAUGCAACAAAAUAGGAAAAGUGUGAAGCGGGAUGAAUACUUUUGCAAGGCACUGUAUAUAGCCUCCCUACUGUUAUUUUAUUUUACUGCUGUUCUUUAAUUAUUUUUAAUUUUUACUGAUCUAUUUUUUACAUAACACUUAUUUUUCUUAAAACUGCAUUGUUGGUUAAGGGCUUGUAAGUAAGCAUUUCACUGUAAGGUCUACACCUGUUGUAUUCGGCGCAUGUGGCAAAAAAAAAUUGAUUUGAUAUUGCGUUGAUAGUGUUAACUAAAGGGGAAAACUGUAGAAAGUUGAGUGAAGUUCAAUCUCGUGCUUCUCUGCGCAGGCUGAUAUUUCUUCUGCGUGGCAGUCCGAGGGGAGCUGCGCGCAGCUUAGAGGGAACAUUGUUGAACAUGCAACUCCUGUAAUGAAGCAGCUAAUAAAAUGCAAUUUUAAAGCAUUUGCCAAAAUGCAAUUAGUGGGAAAACAGUUGAUAUGAGAGAGAAAGUUGAUAUGAAAACCAAUAGAACAGUAGACAAAUUAUGGUUAAUGGCAUGAGGAAGUCUUUAUAAAAUAAUUGCCUCCACGUUUUUUGGUUGGAUUUUUGCUAGGCUACUUUGAAGCAAGGUAAGACAUACCUCAUUAUUUGAAGUAAAGUAAAGCAUUCAGGUUUAAAAUUAUUAUACUGGCUCAAGCUCACGUUUCAAAGUGGUGUCUCAUUGACUUUAGCGUAUGCACUCGAAUGGCAAAUGGAAAGCAUGCAUGACUUGUGAGAUGAGGUUGAGAAAUAAAAUGGUAGCCCUUUUUAAUCGUGGCCAUCAAAGUUUUUAACACGUGAUUGCUUUUAGAAUUGUUGGGCUUAUAACAGCUUCUUUCACUCCAGUACUAGCUUUUUUUAGGUGCUCUCACGCUGUCUGACAGCUGAUAGGCUAUUCUGCUCCUCAAAUUAGGCUCUGUAUGCUGUGCAUGUGUGAUGAUAAAUAGGAUACAUGACAACUAAUGAAUACACAUGCACCAAUUUUAAUUCCACUAAAUUAAUGCAAAAUCCCUGAACAGGAUGCCAUUUGGGACACAGCCAUUGUCUUACAAUGUUAUAUAAAAAUACAUGUUUUAUUGUCACAUACGCUGGAUAGGUGCAAUGAAAUGUGUUACAGGGUCAGCCAUAGUAGUACUGCGCCCCUGGAGCAAAUCGGGGUUAAGUGCCUUGCUUAAGGGCACAUAAACAGAUUUUUCACCUUGUCGGCUCAGGUAUUCGAACCAGCGACCUUUCAGUUACUGGCCCAAGAGUUUUAGACAAUGGAUUUUACAACGUUAGGCACUCUAAAUGUCCAUUUCCCUCUCUCUCUGCCGAUGAUUAUUUUCUCACACUCUUUCUCCUUUCCCUAUCCACAUUUUAGGUUGAAAAUGAGGCCUCUGACAAAGACAACCAGAACUGCAGUAACAACGGUAAGUGUGCUCUGGAAAGAUCCUGUCAGCCUUGUUCCCCAACAUAAACCACAUGAACCCUUCACAAUGCUACUGUUUCCAGUACAUAGUGGAUGUGAGAGGAAGUGAGAGAUAUAAAGAUUUUAUGAGUUAACAGUCCACUGACAUGAAAGCUUAAAGCACCCCCGUCCAACACUCCCAGUAGGUAAGAAUGAGUGAGAACAGAACAGAGUUAAUCAUCUCCUGAGGCGAGGUGUACAGGAGUACAUAUACAAGUGUAUGCUUAUGAGCAUAAAAGAACAGCAGCCAUGUGAUCCACAUCAAGGUCACUUCACAAAGAUGAAUAGACACAGACUGAUAGGUAUUUACCCUGUGGGAGAGUUUGUGAUAUAGCAAAGGCAAAUUAACAACAAAGGAAAUGAAUGGCAAAUGCAAAGUGACCAGUAAAGGCAAUUAACAGGGAAGACAAGUGAACAGCAAUGGAAUAUUAAUGGAAAAGGAAAGUGAACAGCAAAUGCAAAUUAACAGGAAAUGUAAAGAGCAGCAAAGGCAAGUAACCAGCAAAUUAACAGCAAAGGCAGAAGUGUAGAGUGGACACUGGACACAGUCUGCUCUGUUUGUUACAUAUCUAUCUGCAGCUUUACUGUCAGGAAGUGAGAGGUUGAGUUUGGUUUCUUGAACCUUCUCUCUAUUCUAGAAUAUCUCCCUGCUCUGGAGACACAGAAGGGAUGGCGCCAUCUAGGGGGCGAGAUCGCCACAUCCUAAAUACUCCACCAGAAUCGGCCCACUCACGCCAUCACAGCCACAACCUAGAACGCCAUCUGCAAAAGAAACAAAAAAAACUAAAAGAGAACUGAGGCGAUUCACUCCCCAAAUGACACUGGAAACCGAUUUUUUUUUUUUUUAUCACACAAACCCAGGAAUUCGCAGAUCGAUGACGAGCAAUUAAGGGCAGCAUAUACUUUUUCCUCCAUGCAUCACCCCUGACAUGGGGCGGGACACUAUCUGAAUUCUUCCACCCCACUGGUUGAGGAAAUGGAACAGUACAGUGCUAUUGGUAUAGGUUAACAGCAGCCUGCUACGCCAUUGGACAAAGGGAACACCUAGACGUGAAACGCCAGCGAGGAAGCCAGCCGACAUCUGCGAUGUGAUUGUGACGGCCAGUUCUGCAACACGUUUGGUCCGAGCCAAUGCUUUCAAUGUGCCUCUGGUCUACUGAACUACAAGAUGACAUGCUGGGAAACAAGAUAGAGGGUGGGCGGGACACCAUUGUCACUGGCAAUGCUAAACGGGAGAGAGCAUUGUUUUCACUGAUGCAGGACAUAAUCAGAUUGUUUUCUCGGUAAGGGGGGUAAGAAACAAAAGGUUACCUGUCAAAAGCCUAGGAGGCUGUAGGCUAUACAAAUAGUCGCACAAUCUGUAUAUAAGCUCCCAGUAAUUAAUUGGGUGGUUUACCCAAUCAAUUACUGGGAGCUUGUGUGUGUGCGUGCAACUCUAUUUUUAUAGCCUACAGUUUCCUCGCCAUUUGUCAGCACCUCUACUAACUUUUUU